CUUUGCCAUCAGUCACGUGCCAUGGAUUUUCUUACGCCCUGCCGUGUCCCACACGGAUGACGUUCAUCGCCUGCUGUUCCCCGCGGCUGACCGUCCGUACACUUCUCCUCCAGCCACACAGCUACUGGUUUCCUGGCCAAUGGAGAAACCUGCACGACUCGCCCUGCAGUACGUCGACUGCGCUUCCCCAGCCUUUGCCAUCAGUCACGUGCGAUGGAUUUUCUUACGCCCUGCCGUGUCCCACACGGAUGACGUUCAUCGCCUGCUGUUCCCCGCGGCUGACCGUCCGUACACUUCUCCUCCAGCCACACAGCUACUGGUUUCCUGGCCAAUGGAGAAACCUGCACGACUCGCCCUGCAGUACGUCGACUGCGCUUCCCCAGCCUUUGCCAUCAGUCACGUGCGAUGGAUUUUCUUACGCCCUGCCGUGUCCCACACGGAUGACGUUCAUCGCCUGCUGUUCCCCGCGGCUGACCGUCCGUACACUUCUCCUCCAGCCACACAGCUACUGGUUUCCUGGCCAAUGGAGAAACCUGCACGACUCGCCCUGCAGUACGUCGACUGCGCUUCCCCAGCCUUUGCCAUCAGUCACGUGCGAUGGAUUUUCUUACGCCCUGCCGUGUCCCACACGGAUGACGUUCAUCGCCUGCUGUUCCCCGCGGCUGACCGUCCGUACACUUCUCCUCCAGCCACACAGCUACUGGUUUCCUGGCCAAUGGAGAAACCUGCACGACUCGCCCUGCAGUACGUCGACUGCGCUUCCCCAGCCUUUGCCAUCAGUCACGUGCGAUGGAUUUUCUUACGCCCUGCCGUGUCCCACACGGAUGACGUUCAUCGCCUGCUGUUCCCCGCGGCUGACCGUCCGUACACUUCUCCUCCAGCCACACAGCUACUGGUUUCCUGGCCAAUGGAGAAACCUGCACGACUCGCCCUGCAGUACGUCGACUGCGCUUCCCCAGCCUUUGCCAUCAGUCACGUGCGAUGGAUUUUCUUACGCCCUGCCGUGUCCCACACGGAUGACGUUCAUCGCCUGCUGUUCCCCGCGGAUGACCGUCCGUACACUUCUCCUCCAGCCACACAGCUACUGGUUUCCUGGCCAAUGGAGAAACCUGCACGACCCACCUUGCAGUACGUCGACUGCGCGUAGUUCCCCAGCCUUUGCCAUCAGUCACGUGCCAUGGAUUUUCUUACGCCCUGCCGUGUCCCACACGGAUGACGUUCAUCGCCUGCUGUUCCCCGCGGCUGACCGUCUGUACACUUCUCCUCCAGCCACACAGCUACUGGUUUCCUGGCCAAUGGAGAAACCUGCACGACCCACCUUGCAGUACGUCGACUGCGCGUAGUUCCCCAGCCUUUGCCAUCAGUCACGUGCGAUGGAUUUUCUUACGCCCUGCCGUGUCCCACACGGAUGACGUUCAUCGCCUGCUGUUCCCCGCGGCUGACCGUCCGUACACUUCUCCUCCAGCCACACAGCUACUGGUUUCCUGGCCAAUGGAGAAACCUGCACGACCCGCCCUGCAGUACGUCGACUGCGCGUAGUAUACAACCCUUGUUUCGACACAGUCGCCACUCAAGAUUUGUUCCACCUGCGUAGUAGGCCAUGACGUCCAGUGCUCAACGUAAUGCGGCAAGCCUUGCUCACGAGACAGUUCGUCACAUUGCUGCGCCCGCUGACGUUGAGCUGCAGGAAAAGUCCCUCGCUGCCUGCUCCGUGCUGCCUCGGUGACGCUGCACAACUACGGAGUCGGGACACUAACCCCGAUCUCGACAUCCCUGUGGGAGUUCUUUCCGCCUGGUAGCUGUUUCAUAGCAGUUCGAUAUAGACUAGUAUUGAGGGUACCUGACUGUUUGACGAGCGAACAAAAAAAAUUCCAGGUAACAAGCUGGCUCAUCUGUGGUACAUUUCUCACUCAAUCUGGAUGUUGGUGCACGUUAAUUCAUACCCUAUGCAUUCGCAAUAGUACGCUGAUGCUGGUUAGCAUUGUGAAGUUGCGCGCGCGUAUGUGUUCGUAUGAGCAUGCGUGUGUGUGUUUCUGCAUGUAUGUUGUCUAUUAUGCGCCCGUGCGACUUCGAUCACUUCAUCUCGUUGUUGGCAUAUUUUUAGCUGUGUGCGUUCUCACUUCUUCCGUGGAAUUCUUGGUGGCUGGCCUCGUCUAAUCUGUAAAUUCUUCAGAAAGCUCGUUGAUUGUUCCGCAGUGAUGGUCGCCAAUCUUUUCUAAAAUCCUUCCAGCUUUGCUCUGGGCGUUCCCCUUAAUUGAAGGGCGUCCAGUGGUGUACUGGCUGUGGCCCUUGCCUCGUCGACUUUUCUAAUCCAAGGGGUCUCUGUUGGUUGUUUUCUUUGUCCAUAUCGUCCUUGUUUAUCAAGUUAUUCAUCAUGGCUAAUGCGAAGCAUCAGCGUACCGUUACAAAGAGCAUAUGGCGUGAUUAAAGGCAACUAAACAUUUCCGUUAGCUUGUGAACAUCAUGCUUAUCAGCUUGAUGACUGUAGUUCUGGCGUGGCACCAUGCUUAGUUUAAAAACCUGUCUAGUUAUUAUUCAUGUUAGCGGUAAAGCUGCGUACCACUGCACAGCGAAGCAAAGCAGAUCCUGAACCUCCCUUCAGCAAGAUUAGACAUUGAUCGGAUGCCACCACCGUACGUGCCUGCGAUGUGACGUCUUGAUCAUUGUUUCAUCACCGUUGCUUUUGUACUUCACUGUUCACUGCCCUGUGUAAACUUACCUGCUUGAAUUCACUUGUACUUUUCUGUAACAUGUACUUGCUGUACAAUGUUCACUGGAACUUAAUAAAAUGACGAAGGUGUUCUUUUGCUUUGGGUAUAUUUCCCCUGUGUGGAGAACAUUGUACAGUUGUAAACAUUUUGACUUUUUUCGUAGUGCAUAUUGUCAACUCGGCGUUCACU